CUGUAAAUCUUGUUUCAAAAUCGAAGCUUUAUGGCUCUCCUGCGUCAAUGGAUUCUAUUACUCUUCCUCCGACAAACACUUGUGCUGAAUCCUCUGUUCAUGUUGUCCUUCAUGACGACGCCAAUCACCUUUCAAAUAAUCACCUUUCAAAUCCGCUUCUUGAUCCGCACUUUCGCAGAUCGCAUUCUUCUCCAUCCAUCUUCGAGGAUUCCCAUGCUCCGUCUUCCCCUGCGAUAGAUCUCCAACCCAUUGCCAGACCUCCUCCGACUGCACUUUCCUUCAUGAAGUUUGCUGCCGCCGGCGUAGUCCUGUACGUCUCCGUCGGCGUCGCCGUCUACGCGGCGAGGCACAAGAGCUUCGUCGGCCGCACCACCGGCUCCCCCGUCGUUGAUGGUCUCUACUUCACCGUCGUCAGCCUCUGCACCAUCGGCUACGGCGACAUCGUGCCGGGCACGCGGGCCGCCAAGCUCUUCGCCUGCGCUUUCAUCCUCGUCGGAUUCGGCUUCAUCGACGUCGUGCUCGGCGGUCUGCUUGCGCACGCGCUGGACUGGCAGGAGGAGGCGCUGCUCGCGGCGGUCGACGCCGGCGGCCGCCGCGCCCUUGGCCGCGCGCUCUUCCUGGUGGACGUGCGGAAGCGGCGGAUGCGGGUGCGGAUCAAGGUUGCGCUCGCGCUGGCGGUGGUGGUCGCCUGCGUCGCCGUCGGGACGGUGGCGGCGCGCGCGCUGGAGGGCCUGUGCUGGGUCGACAGCUUCUAUCUUGCGGUGGUGUCGGUGACGACGGUGGGGUACGGGGACUACGCCUUCGGAACGGUGAAGGGGAGGCUGUUCGCGUCGGUUUGGCUUCCGGUGAGCACGCUGGCGGUGGCGAGGGCGUUCCUCUACCUGACGGAGAUGAGGGUGGAGAAGAGGAACCGGAGGGCUGCGGAGUGGGUGUUGAGCCGGAGGAUGACCGCCGGCGACGUCAUGGCGGCGGACCUCGACAAUGAUGGCUCCAUAAGUCGCCUUCUGGUUGGCACAUGCACCAUGAGAAUUCAGAUUUAUUUAGUAAGAAUCUGGACAAACUGAAGCUCAUACUCAUGCCAUUAUCCGAUAAUGAGUUCCGAUAGACAUGGAGUUAAAAAUGGUUCUGCUCCAGAGAAUGCAGGAUCCUCAAAUAGUCGGUCGAUGCUAAAAAGAUGUUCAAUGCGUAUUAAUACAGCAGUAGUUUGUACAGACACUGUACUUAUCAUUUUCCAUGUUAUGUUACUCCCUGCAGUAAAUCAGAAUACGUGAUUUACAAACUCAAGGAAAUGGGAAAGAUUUCGGAAACUGACAUCACGCUCAUCUGCAAUCAAUUCGACAAGCUAGACGCUGGAAAAUUUGGAAAGAUCACGCUCUCAGAUCUCAAAAGGAG